AUGACCGCCUCCCCUCCACCCACACCACCGUCAGGGCCAGUGAGGGAUGACGAGCUAAGAUUUCACAGCAUCAAUUCGCCGUGUGAAUGGAUUGAAGACUACCGCCCCGGUGGUUACCACCCUGUCCAUCUCGGCGACAUCUUCAAGGAUGGCCAAUACCAGGUCAUCCGGAAGCUCGGCGACGGCUCCUACUCAACCGUCUGGUUGGCCCGAGACCUGAGCAGACGUAGAUAUGUCGCCAUGAAGAUUCUCGUUUCAGACGUAUCGGCAUCCACAUUCGAGGUUCACAUUUUGCGCCAGAUCAACGACGUCGCACGAGCACAAGGGGCUCGGCAUGUCACACAGCUGCUAGAUGAAUUCGAGCAUAGCGGACCUAAUGGCAUCCAUAAAUGUCUUGUAUUCGAGCCUAUGGGCCCUAGUGUAAACUCGAUGGUCGAAGAGCUGCCGCAAUUCAACCCGCGCAAGUGGGGUAUGAAAGUCCGAUAUCCGCCACAGAUGGCCAGGAGUAUCCUCAAACAGUCUCUGCAGGGCUUGGAGUUUCUUCAUGGUCACGGCAUCGCUCACGGGGACUUCCAACCGGGAAAAAUACUCUUUGCCCUCAAUAACAUCGAUUCGGAGCCCGAGGAUGAGCUCCGUCAAAAGGAAGAUGUACAAGCCAUGUCGAUCUCGGAUACGGUACGGAGAUUGGAUGGUAAAGAAGACAAGUGGGCGCCUCGUUAUCUUUGCGUUGGGCAGCCACUGGUCCGCUUCACCACCUAUACCGAAGGCUUCAAGAUCAAACUAUCCGACAUGGGUGGAGAAGCCUCUUGUUCGCUGGGCCUCCGAGCUCCCGAGUUGAUACUUGGCGGCGGACGCAACAAUACCCUUGACGUUUGGAGUUUCGGCUGCCUUAUCUUUGAGCUGGUUACCGGACAGCCCCUCUUCUGCAUUCCAGGAUCGGACUUUGAAGAUGACGAUCAUAUCCUCGCACUCACUGAAAGGCUCGGCCCCCUUCCCGAUGAGCUCUUCCAACAGUGGAAAACUUCUUCAUUGUACUUUACACCGGAAAGGAAGCUCUACAAUUGUCAGCUCGGAGGAGUACCUCAAGGGAAACAGCCGCUUCUAUUGCAACAGACAUCCAUGGAGGACUUGUUCGAUCAGGCGGGCCCGGAAAUUGAUGGGGAGGAAAGCCGUCAAGUGAAGGCACUCAUCCGACGGAUUCUUCAGUAUGACCCCAUGAGAAGACCUUCGCCUACAGAAAUUCUUGAGGAUCCCUGGAUGCGUGAGAGCGGCUCGUUCUAG